AGAGUGGUAAAUUCAAGUUUAUAAGAGCCGAAUUUCAUUUCGACCCAAUUUUAGUUUUUUUUUUCGAAAACUGGAGAAUGGAAUCCGGAAAUUUUUUGAAGGUUUUAGGACAGCUCGAAACCAAAAUUUAUCGACUCAAGAAGGUCGAAAAUAGAGAACAAGCUUUAUUUCAGUAUUUUUCGUUCACUCGUUGUUGAACCGUAAAUUUUUCAUUUUUUUUUCAAGCAUAAUUGCUGUCUCGCUGGAAAAAAUAUUGCAUUUGAAUCGGUAUGAACAGAUUUUGAAUAUAUCUGCCUCAAUCGAUCGAAGGGCCAUACAGAAAGAGGUUAUAGUUAGGUGCUGAAUUCUAUUUCAACCCUAUUUAUACGAUUUUUUAUUUUAUUUUUUGAAAACUGAGAAAUUGGAAAAUUAGCUGGAGGCUUCAGAACGACUCGAAACUGUCGUCAAUCGACUUGUGAGGUCCAAAAAUAGGGCAUAAUCCAAAUUUUAUGCUUUUACGUUAGUGUGAUAUAAUUUUGAUUUUUUUUUCUUAAUUACCCACUAGACUAUUUUUGGCGAUUAUCAUCAAAAUUCCAGAGUCUCCGUUUGAACAUCCCAUAGCAGUUUGAAAUUUCCGGAGAAGACUAAAAACUUGCUAGAGGCUCUGAUAUAGACUGGAUGAACUAUAGAAGUUUUCGAACUUGAGGAUCGAAAUGCAAUGAAUUGAAAAAUCCAAAUCGAAUGAUCAUGCAGUACAUCACCAGCUAAAACUUCAGUUACUGAAGUUCAUUUUUCAAUUUCUGGUAAAUUUUUAAAAAUCAAAUUUUGGACAUAAAUGUGAAAAAUCUAAAUUUUAUUAAAUUGAAACAGUAAAGAAAGCUAAAAAUACUCCAUUUUUGAUCUCUCGAAUCUGCUCACCAAAAACAGAUUGGAAACCGAUAAGGGAUUUGAAACCAAUUUUUUUUUUUAACAUUUUGAACUUUAUCUAACUGUAAGGUUUUAUUUCAAACUUUAUUAAUCGAAUCUGGGGAAUAUAACAGUAUGCUUCAGAAAGUUUCGUACCAGUUCAAAUGCAUAGGUAGGUAUUUAUUUCUACAUCAGCUUUUUGUGUUUUUUUUUUUUUUUUUUUUUUUUUUUGUGGAAGGAGAAAGGGGAUAUCUAGACGUUCAAAAAAUUAUUUUUUCAAUAAGCUAAAUUGUACCCUCAUCUUCCCAUAUCUGGACUUUUUUUCAUAUCUCAAUUUUAUAAAGACGUACCUACUUUUAUUUAAAAUUGAAUCAAUAUUCUCUGGUAUCAGUUAAACUUUACUUAUUGAUAAACUCCAUCCAUAUGGUGUAUUAAUUAAAAUAGUGUAAUCAGACAAGACUUCAACCGAUACUAAUAAAAUCUAUAAAAAAUUUAAUCGGAAUGGACUGAAAAAGAUUAACUUAUUCCGCGUUGAAAGUUGGGUGUACACUGUACAGGGCUGUCGGAUUCAUCCACAGUUUAAAUUAUAGGUAAUAGCCGAACGCCACAUUUCUAACUAAAGUUAUUCGAGGAUGUGUGCAGUACACUUUGAAAUCUAUAGGCUUAGUUGAAGCAUGUCCACAUCAACAUUAUUCAUUUUUUAAGAAAGCACUUUUGGAUUGGAUCUAUAUCUCGAGUUUUUCUAGGAUUUAUAGGAUCGACCUGAUGAGGGAAAAGAAUUAGGUACGUGUCUUUCAAUGGAUGUUUGCGCAAAAGGAGAUCAAGAUUCCGUUAAUCACACAAUUAUGGAAAACCGCUUGGAAGUUAAUAAGUUGGCUUUGAAAAUUGAAGAUUCAGAUUUGUUAUCAUCGGUUUGACAUAUAGUGGUGGUUUCCCCCCUCGUUCCGUUCUUACAUUCAACAUCGCCAUGGCUGCUAUUAAAUUGUUCCAUAUACCGAUGUGGGUUAUGACGGUUUCAUUUGUUAUUCAGUACACAUCGACUCAAGAUGCUACUACAGCUUCACCGAAUGUCGCAGAUAGAUAUAAAACAAGCGUUUUUGAAACAGGCUUUCCCUUAACUAGAUCUGGCGCUGAGAAGAACGCGCAGUGGAUCUCGUGUCUUGUAAAUUGCGGCGUAAAAUUGGCACGAGUUUUGCGUAACCCCCACACAGCUAAUUAUUACAAACAAUUUGCCUUCUCUUUCGAACAAUUGAUCAAAAAGUAUUUUGACUCGCCCUACCAGGAUGAAUCUGAAGCCUGCGAAGAAACUUUUGAAACACUGUUGACAACGGUAAUAAACCACAACAUAUAUGACAUCGGCAUAAGACGCCUGGAAAUAAAACACCAGUUCGAAGACAUGGGUGAUACAAGAACCCCAGAUGUAGUUCUUCAAAAACAUAAUGGUGGACUGGUUAUAUUCGAAGUAAAAUAUUGUAGAGGAAAUGCACUAAAUAUGAAUAUGAUCGAAGAUAUGUUAAAAAAUGCCACUACUCAAGCGUUAGGAUAUGCUGAUUGGUAUUUGUAUGGAAAAUACCAACAUCUGUACAAUGCUCCCAGUGCAAAAGUGAUUGUUUUACUGGUGACGGAAUAUGAGAAACGAGUCGUGCUGCAGACCUCCGAUAGAUUGAGAGAUUUUUUCACCGAACUACCAACUAUGAACCAUUGGUCAAAUUAGGUAAUUUACUCGUCCGACGUAAAUGUGUGAAUAAGUACCUAUUUUUAGUUAGUUUAUAUGUACUUGUUUUUGAAUGGAUAAUUAGAAUUUUCAAUUUAAAAAAUUAAACAAAGUAUACUAUAAAUAGAAUUUUAAAGAUGAAAUUAUUGCAAUUAUUUAAACUGUAUUUAUU